AUGAAUGACUAUGAAUUUGAGCAAAGAUCUUUAAUAAUAGAAAAAGCUUUUUCAAAAACUCCAUAUGUAGGGUACAACCUAGAACCUCUAAACCAUUCGAAUAACGAUGAAAAAAAAACAUAUAUUGCAUUGUCAAACUUGAAUGGUAAAAAUUACUAUGUGGAAGUUUUAAUUUAUGAUAGUGAAAAUAACGAUUUUGAAAUUGGAUAUUUAUAUGAUCAUAUAUUUAGCCCUGUGGGAGGAGUGCAUUGGAUGCCUAGAAAUGGAAUUGGCCUUGAGGAAAAUAUACUUGGAACUGCUAGUGACAGUAUUAAACUUUUUAAAGAAGGAAAUUUGAUUUGCGAUUUAAGACUUAAUGAUUAUGAACUAAAUAAUAUGCGUUUGGAAAGUGUUUAUAACUCAUACCACACAAAAAUAACCAGCUUUUCAUUUUCAGAAUAUGUCGAAGGAGAUAUAAUUUCAUCAACACAGGAUGGUAGGUGUGUAAUUUGGGAUAUUAAUGAAUCAGAACAAAUAAAAUUGUCAGAAGGAGCCAUUUUAGAAAAUCUUUUAAGUGAGUAUAAAAAUAGAUCAGUUCUCAGCAUUUCUCAAAUGGAGAGAUUUACAAUAAUGGACGUUUGUUUUGGGUAUUCCAAAGAUAAUAUCAUUUUAGGAGUAAAUAAUGGACUUGCAAUUUCAAUGGAUUUAAGAUCACCUUUUAAGCAAUCAUCCUCGUUAUUGUCAGACUGUAUUUUAGGUUGGGAUACAAUUCCAGAGCAGAAAUUUCCACAUAUUAAAUUAUGUUGUAUUAAAAAUACAAACUAUUUUUCCAGAGGAAUUUUGUCUAAAGGAAUUGUUGAGAUUUUUGAUAUUAGAAAAACAUGUGGUCCUUUAUUAAAACUAAAUACUACUAAUUCAAACCCAAACUCCUCAGAAAAUAGUCUAGUUUCUAUUGAAAGCAAGAAUUCUGAAGAAAUACUUCUUGCUUAUAGUAAUGGAUUGAUAAAUACUUAUAAUUUUAACAAAGAAAGGCCAUCUAUUCAUUUAAAAUUUGAAACCAAUUUAUAUACUUACAGCUUUUCGUCAUUGAAUAUUUCUAAACAAGUAAAUUCUUUCCUUGGUAUUUCUAGUGUCCAAAUGCAAAAUAGCACCGGCAUAAAAAUUUCAAAAUAUGCUAAAUGUUGA